UGUACAGAGAGAAGUGAAGCGGAGAGGUACAAUAUUAGCGUAGUUAGCCCGCCGUCGGAUUAUCUGCGUUAGAGCAGAUUUAGUUAAAUUAGGAGUUACAUAGUAAAUCUGAUGAAUUUGUGGACUUCAGGUAAUUUUAAUUUUACAGGGCUCGGAUCGAUCUACAUGGACUACGUCGAUUAAAAGGUUUGUCAAGGUAACUCAAAAUGCCAUACGGAAAGAUUGUCGUGAUAAAGAGGGGAGGAGGAGAUGGAACUGAGUUUCCUCUAACCGCAACAUGUCUCUUUGGAAGGAAGCAAGAAUGUGAUAUUCGUAUCCAGCUGCCUCAUGUGUCUAAAGAACACUGUCGGGUGGAACUGAAUGAAAAUAAAGAGGUGAUCCUCACUAACAUGAGUUCGGUGAACCCGACUCGUGUGAACGGGGAAGAGCUGCAGCAGGCGGAACGUCUGAAGCAUGGUGACGUAAUCACAAUUAUUGACCGUUCUUUCAGGUUUGAGUCUCCUCCACAACAGACGCCAAAGAAAUCUUCGGUCUCUGGCAAAGCAGAUGCUCAGGUUCUGCACGAGCAGUUGAGAACCCCAGGAGUGAACCGGACGUCUGAGAUCUCAACAGGCCCCCGUCUGAAAGAUGGCGCAAACAAUGACAACAUCCAGCGAUCCCUGGAUAAGACCAUGGAGGUGGAGUCCAAGGAUGACAAGACCGACUCCCCCUUCAACGAGCUGUACCAGAUGAUCAAGCAUUCUCUGGUGACUCCACGCAAACCGUCCGGACAGCAGUCCCAGACACCCGCAACCAAGAGCGGCACCCCCAGGUCUCAGCCCGGGCUUAUCACUAAAGUGGUUGUGCAGCCUGCUGCUGCCACACCAGACGUGGUGAGCAUCCCCAGCAGAGAUGAGAUCAAGAGCCAGGUGGUUGCACCUGCAAAGUCCCCGAAGAAGCAGACUCCAAAAACCUCCCUACCCGCUCAGGAGACGCCCAAAAAGACGGGUCUGUCUCUGCCUGCCGAAACCCCCAGCACCCUGGAGGCGAGCGCAGCACCUGAGGAAGAGACCACGCAGGAUGCCAUUGCCGAAGCGACCUGUGCCACACCCACUCGCGCCUCAGUGAAGCCCUCUCCAAGGGUGUCACCUCGCAGUGUUGAGAAGUCGAUCAAGGCCCACAGUUUAAAGAAGGAGCUGGCAGCAAAGACGGCAGCAAGUGAGAUACUGGCAGCAAAGAAAAGGGAAAUGGAAGCUUCAGCCAGCCCAAUGACGAUGAGGAAGCGCGUGUCAUUCGGAGGCCACCUGAGCCCCGAGCUGUUUGACAAACGCCUGCCCCCGAGCUCCCCUCUGCAGAAGGGGGCCACCCCGCGACGCAGCCUCAGCGUGGCUCGACCCAAACAGUCGCUCCUCAGACGGGCCUCAGCUAUGGGCUUGGUCAAGGAGUUUGACGAAGUAAAAAGCCCGAAGACCAAGUCUCCAAAGGCCAAGACUCCCUCGCCCGCCAAGAAGUCGCCAAAGGUCAAGGCGGCGUCUCCCAAAGCCCCUUCAUCAGCCAAGAAGUCGCCGAAGGCAAAGUCUGGCACGCCUUCAAACGACCAGUCUCCCACCGUCAAUGGGCGCUUCUCCGUUUCACGCAUUAACACGCCGUCGCCCAACGCCGAACUGGAGACCGCCACCCCGAAACUGCCCCUGAAGAGGAAGAGCAUCGCUAGGAAGAGCAUCGCUCGGAAGACGCCCAAGACCGCCCUGAAGAAUGCGGCCGAGGUUCUGCGCAGAAGAAGUGGAGUUUCAAGGGCAUCUUUGAAGGUUGUGAAUUCCUGGGUGGACAUUGUGAAGUUUGGCCAGACCAAGCCGGUGGUCGCCCUAUGCAAGGGUCGGGCUCCCCCACAGAAGGUGAAGAAGGCUGUGGUGGCUCUACCCAUGACCCCUGCUAAGAAGUGCCCUCACGGCCAUGUGACCACUGGCCAUGCUGAUUCACCUGUCACUAUUGUCGUCGGCAAAGCCUUCAAUCAACGGGCCGUUCAAGCAGCAGGGGCUGCUCCCAAGCUGGUCCAGAAUAUCGCUCUUCUGAAGAAGAACAUGAAAGUAGAUCAAGACCUGACCGGAAUCGCCGAGAUCUUCACCACCCCAGUCAACGCAAGGAAGAGGAAAUCUGACCUGAUGGCGAAGACCUCCACAGAGACUCCCGCCACAGCGCUCUCUACAUCCGCCGUCGAAAUGUCCGUCAUGAACACGCCAGAGGAGACCGGUGAAAUGGUCGUUUCCCCAAUGGGCGUUGGCUCCACAACAAAGCGCGGCACAUUCAACCGCGAGGCGGUGCAGCGUCUCCUGCAGAGUGAGGAGGGCUCCAGCUUCGUCGCCGAGGCCCCGGCUCUGGAUGACGCCGUGCAGGCCUCCAGCCAAGUGGUCGACACCAAGGAGGCCACCCCCAAGCAGAAGCCCGCCCAGAGGGCCGCGGGGACCCCCAAGCAGAAAGCCGAGCCCAUCGAGGACCUCCGGGGAAACCUCCUGAAGACACCCAAGCAGAAGCCGCAGCAGCCAGACGGUCUCAGCGCCGUGAAGAGGAUCAUGAAGACCCCGAGGCAGAAGUCUGAGCCCAUGGAGGACCUCAGGGGGAAACUGCUGAAGACUCCCAGAGUGCAGAAGGUCACUGGAGAGAUUAAUCUAGAGGGUGUCGAGCAGCUCCUGCAGACCCCUAAACGGAGGGAGGUACCGGUCAGUGCCGUUCCAGAGGUGGUUGUCCAGGAAACUCGGGCCACCCCGGAAGAAACCAUCGCUCCCGUGGUGGAGGUUGAGGAAAAUCUGGCAGCCCCUCUGGAAACCAUCGCUCCCGUUGAAGAGGUGGUGGUUGAGGAAACUCCACUGGCAACCCCUGUGGAAACCACCGCUCCCGUUGAAGAGACGAUGGUUGAGGAAACUCCACUGGCAACCCCUGUGGAAACCAUCGCUCCCGUUGAAGAGGUGGUGGUUGAGGAAACUCCACUGGCAACCCCUGUAGAAACCAUCGCUCCCGUUGAAGAGGUGGUGGUUGAGGAAACUCCACUGUCAACCCCUGAAGAGUUGGUUGUUGAGGAAACCAUCGCUCCCGUUGUAGAGGUCUUUGUUGAGGAAACCAUCGCUCCCGUUGUAGAGGUUGUUGUGGAGGAAACCAUCGCUCCUGUUGUAGAGGUGGUGGUGGAGGAAACCAUCGCUCCCGUUGUAGAGGUGGUUGUUGAGGAAACCAUCGCGCCUGUUGUGGCAGAGGUGAUUGCGGUAGUUCUGGCAACCCCUGAAGAAACCAUCGCUCCUGUUGUAGAGGUGGUGGUUGUGGAAGCUCUGACAACCCCUGAGGGAAACACUGCUCCCAUCGAAGAGUUGAUGGUUGAAGAAACUCCUGUUGUUGCUGAUAAACCAACUGAGAAUGCUGAGGAUGGACCGGAAGAUGCCAUUGAGGAAGUCGCCCAGGCAGACAUGGCCACCGAACUUGUCUCUUCUGACGCACCAGUUGCCAUGGAAACCGCCCCCAAGGAAGUCGUGCAAGACAGCGCCCUCCCCGCCGCAGCGCCUUUGAGCAAAUCUCUCCGAGGGAAGAAGGUGAAAGCGACCAAACGGGUCACCAACGAGGAUGCUACAGUGGAGGAACUGACCACCCCGGCCAGGGCAAGACCAGGAAGACCAGCGAAGAAAACCCCAGCGCCAUCUCAGGUCGAAGAACAGAUCCCCGCGAAGAGCCGACGUGGCAAGCUGACGGGGAGCCAGGGCGUCGAGGCACCGAUCGUCACCAGCCUCGCCGAGGAGGCUCCAGAGGAAGCCCCUCUAAAGCCCAAAAGGGGGAGAAACGCCAAGCCCGCACCUGCUGCUGAUGCCGUACCAGAGAUCGCCACCACUGAAGAGACCGGCCAUCAGGCUCCUGCAGCCGAUGCCCUCAAAUCGGACACCACCGCACUCCCACCUCCAGUCAAGACACCAGCAACCAGGAAGGGAAGGACCCCCAAGAAGGUGGCUGAACAGCCGAUGGCUGUUCCCCAGCCUGAGGAAGAGUCCGUUCCCGCUGUAAAAGUGGCGAAGCCGAGAAGAGGCCGGAAGGCCGCCCAGCAGGAGCCUCAGGUGGGAGUGAUAGAGGAGGUCAGUGAGGGGGCGGCUGACGCUCAGCCCGAAGAGCCGGCCCCUGUCACGGUGAAGGCCAGACGAGGGAGGAAGGCUGCCCCAGAACCCGAGGUGGUCGCCGUUGAACAGGUCGCUGCCGAACAACCGACCCAGGCCCCGGUCCGAGCCAAGAGGGGAAGGUCAAUCAAGGCCAAACCAGAAGAGGAGGCGGAGGUAGACAUCCCGGUCCUUCCAGAGGCUGAUGUGAAGCAGCUGCCUGAGAAGUCAAGGAGAUCAAAGAAGACCAAGCAAGAGUCUGUUGAGGAGGAGGUGGCCUCCGAAGAGCUCCAAGUGGUGGAGAGUUCGGCCCCUGAGAAGGUGAAGGCUCCGUCGAAAGCCCGGGGAAGAAAGGCCAAGCAGCAAGAGGAGGCGGAAGAGACCCCUGUGGAGUUGGCUGUUGUCGCUGAGGUGGUCGAAGAACCCACCGCAGUCCCGGCUGAAAAACCCAAGAGAGGAAGGCGGCCAACAAAAGCUGAGGAGCCAGAGACGGUAGUCCCUACUACCGCGGAGAAGCCGAAGCGAGGAGGAAGGAGAGCGAAGACCGUUGUUAUCGAGGAGGAAGUCACCGAGCUUCCAGAGGAGACUGUGGAACCUGAGCCGGUUCAAGAGGAGAUCACCGAGUCAACCAGCAGCUCCCUGGCCCAACAGCCAGAGAAGGUUAAGGCGACGAGGGGUAAGAGGGCUGCUGUGACGGUCCCAGCCACGGCGGCAGUCAAGAGGGGUCGUCGUGGUGCCGUGGAGCCCCCCCAGGAGGAGGCUGUCGUCGUAGAAGAGGUCGCUGCCGUCGCCUCGCGGCCCGCGGCUCGCGGAAGGGCAGGCAAACGGGGCACAGUGGAAACGGCUGAUGUUCCAGAGGAAGUGCCCGCAGAGGAAGAGGAGGAAGAAAAGGUCCAGCCCAAAAAGGGAAGAGUCUCAAAAAAGACCAAGUCUACACCCAAAGACCAGGAAUCCUCAAGUCCAUUGGAGGACGAGGUGACUGUUACUCCUGAGAUUCCAACCACAGCGCUUGUGGUCAAGGCCACUCGUGGCAGGAAAGCCGCUGUCGCAGCCGCUCCCGAGAAGGCGGUCCCCGUGGUCGCGGCCAAAAGAAACGUGUCCAAGGGCCAGAGCAAAGCUGAAGAGGAGGAUCUCUCAGUGCCUGUGAAGCGCACCAGGAGAGGCACCAAGGUUUUAUAGGCAGCUCAACCAGUUUACUACCUUUUCUAUUCUAUUAUAACAGUUCACUGGUAGUCUGCAGAAUGUGCUUUUGUCUUAAUGUUGUUGUUUUUUCAUACAUGUAUAUUGCUUUUUGAUUUUAUCUAAUGAUUCUUUUUUAGUUUUGUGAGAAACGUUUUUAAAAUAAAUUACAAUUUCAAAGAU